AUGAAUAUAUCACCAAAAACAUACAUUGAUAUGAAAAUUCUCAUAUCAUCAUUUGAAAUAUUAAAAGCAAACAAAUAUGCAUAUUCAGCACCUAAAGAAGAAGCAGCUAUCAACUCAACAACAAAGCAACCAAAAGAAGAAAUUCAAGAAAUAUCAUCCGAUGAUAGUCCACUGCACACAAAAAAACAACCUAUUACACCCAGUCCAGAAGAAUAUCCACCACUUCAAGCCGAACAUAAAAACAUAAAGAAAUGGUAUGUGAUUUUCAACGGCGAAAACAAAGGAAUCUAUGACGAUUGGGGAAUUGCCAAUUCAUAUAUUCUUGUAAAAAAUGUCAUUCACAAAAGUUACAAAACAAAAAGUGAAGCAGAAGCUGCAUACAACGAAGCAUACAAAGCAGUUAUAAAAGAUAAUGUCGAAUGUUCAAAAACAGUUCUCCUUACACCACAAAAACCCAUAUCCAACUUUACUCCACAAAAACCGGUAUCCAUCCCUAAAUCUCUUAACCAAUUAAAUGCCAAAAUUACCUUUGAAGCCAUUCUAUCAACCAAAGAAAAAGAAGCUAUGAAAAAACCAACUCCCUAA